AUGGAGCGUGUUCGAUGUAACUUUGUGCUGAAAGCGGCCGGGUGUCUGAUUCUGAUUCUCCUGUGGACAAGUGGUUGUGUUGCAGCCCCCAUGGAGUGUCACUUCAACUCGAAAGCGCUGUGUGUGUUUGAGGGGCGACAAUACGCGCCGGGCGAAACGUGGAUGGACACCUGCACGCAGUGCACCUGUCUGCAGCCAAUGGGCGUUGGUUGCUGUGCCACGGUACAACGGCCGGUGGACUUCCCCGCGUGGUGUGAGGUGCGAGUGGAACCAGUCACCUGCAAAGUGACCCUUGUCCUCGCCGCUGACAGGCGCCUUCCUUGCCUGCCGGGCGAAAACAUGAGGGACCCCAGUCAUGGAUCACAAAACCAGCUGGCGGAAUAGCACCGGCGUCUAAUGGGCCUCUACGCCCAUCACAUUACAAUACCCAGUAAUAGACAAUGAAGUAAAUGUUAGUGUAACAGAAUGAUACAUGCAUUUUUUAGCAAUGAGCAAUUUGAUACUGGUUUAUUAUUACAUUAAAAAGCCUCUUGCAGUCAUUUGUGAAAAUAGCAUUAAUAUAUUUUAUUUUUUUCCUGCUGUUUUCCUCACAUAUGUCAAGUGCUAAUGUUUAAUCAGCAUGUAUUUAUAUCAGUGGUUCUUAAACUUGUUGUAGGUACUGAACCCCACCAGUUUUAUAUGCCCAACCACCAAACCGUACUUUAGUGAAAAAUAAAAUGUUUUUCAUAUUCAAGACAAAGUUAUAUGAUCUUUCACUGGUGCACAACUGUGCAUGAACAUCACCUUCUUCAAAGAACAAAACCAACACAGUGCAUGAACUCGUAACAAAUUACACACCAGCAAAUCAGUUUGGGUUCUGCUGUUGCCGUAUCCCUAAUAUGCCGAUUGGGAGAAGUUUUUAUGUACACGAUGAGUCGGGUGUGGCUUGAGUGGAGGUUCCACCGAACCCCUGAGGCCGACUCACCGAACCCCUAGGGUUCGAUCGAACCCUGGUUAAGAACCACUGAUUUAUAUGCAAUGUUCAUCUUGACGAGGAAAUUGUUUGUUCAAUUGGGAUUUUGAAUGAAAAAAGAUGAAUAAACAUACACAUAUACCGUU